UAUUUUUGAUCAGUUGUCAUUUUUGUCAAUGCAAUAUUGAUUACAAUUUGGUUUAUAAUUUAUCUCUGAGAAUUUACCAAACAUAAUUUAUUAUUCCUUAUAGUUACUGUUAUAGUAUAAUAGUACUGUUAUUAUUACAAUAAUAAAUAAUAAUAAGUUGCCAUUUUCGUUGUUAAAGUAUUGCGAAUAAGUUGAAAUGCAGGAUUUUUCGGACGAAAGCGUCUCUGAUACAAAAACCAUUGAUUUUGGUUACAUGCCAAUAGACUCGAUAUCAGAGCAAUAUUUUUUCGUUGAUAAUAAUUCCGAUAAAUGCCUGACGUACCGUGUUUCAUUGAUGUAUAUUUUGAACAACAUCGAUCGUGUUUUUACAUUAUCAAUUACAUCUACCCCAGUUAAACCUUCUGAAAGUGCAAAAGUUAAAAUUAUAUUUAGGGCUACAAUCCCAGGGCAGUCGUACACAGAAUAUUACAUUAUUGACGACACUGCUGGCAAUACUUAUAGACUAACCGUUACUGGAAAAUGUUUUGGGCCCAAUGUAGUAUUGAGCCAAAGAAAACUUGUAUUUAGAAUCUGCAAAAACGUAACAGAACAGAGGAAGGAGGUUAUUAACAUCCUUAACAAAUCUGGCGCGGAGACAACAUAUCAAUGGUUCGUACCUGCUUGCGGACAAGGAUAUUUUCAGAUUUCAACAGGUAAUUGUGGACUUAUUAGAGCUUACGAAACGAUCAACACGACAGUGAUCUUUACUGGCACCUCACUUGGUAUCUACUCAGCCGAACUUGUUUGCCUUAUUCUAAAUCAGGAGCCGUUAUUCCUCAAUGUCUUUGCAAGUGUUGUUCUUCCUGGAAAUCCAUUAUUUAACAUCAACGAUCAUGUUUUUGAGAAGAAUUGGAGACGAAAAAAUCGUUUCACUCAUUUGAUGGAGAAUAGCCUCAAUCGGUUAACUUACAUACCUUCGGCGUCCGUGUUCGAAAGGUAUUUGGAUUUUGGCACAGGAAGUGUGAAAGACGUCACUAAAAACAUUUCGCAGAUUCUAUGCGUGACCAACCACGAGCAAGAAGAUGGGUACAUUCAGUGGAUGCCAGAUCCAGACUACGUUUUCUUAAUAGAUCCAAUGGCAGCUGUCAUUCCCCCAAACGAAUCUAGACUGUUUACUAUACGAUUUAGGCCUAAAGUUGAUAAUGAAGUUUACUCCUACCUCAUGUGCGGCGAUUAUCAAUUCAAGAGAUUUGAUAGCGAAAAUUGUGACCAGGUGAAACUGAAGCACACCUGGUUUCGUAUUCCUUGUAUUGGUAAUACGUGGUUUCCUUGCACGGAAUGGAUAUCCGAAUUGGACUGUCCUACCGACGUAGUUAUGCCGCCCACAGUGCCAGCCAGGACAACUUUUGCAAACUUCAUGCUUUGCAACAAACUUGAGGCACCCAUGUAUUACAAAUUUAUGGCACCCCAUGGAACGAACUUUGUUGUAAUGCCCAUGUGCGGCAUAGUUCAAGGCCGUGGAUGGCAAAUAAUAUCAGUGGCAUUAGAACCGAAGGCUUGUGGAAAUUAUUAUGAAACUUGGGAUGUGCUUAUCAAUAAAACUCAGAAGACACGUGUAUGUUUGUGCGGCAAUGCUGAUAUCAGUGAAGUGGAAGUAAUGUCGCACGGCUACAACCCCGCGACGCACGCGAUGUACGAAUUCCCACCAACAAUUACCGGCUGCACCAAUUACUGCACCGCUUAUCUACACAAUCUUACACGAAUGAAUAUUCAUAUGAGGGUACUGACAUCUGUUCCAUGGCUUGGUGCUGACGAUAGUGGCUCGAUAGUCUUACCGCCUAAAGAAAUAGUUCGUUAUCACUGGUGGUUCUUUCCAAAAGCAGCGAAUAAAGUGUAUGAGACAACUAUAACGUGUUCUUGUAUAUGUUUGAUUGGUGGCAGGCCCGUAGGUGAACCUACUGAAAUAUUUAUCCACAUAACUGGUUUCUCAGAGUUGCCAGAUCUUAGGGUGUUACCUAAAAGUACAAAUCUUCACGAUAUUGCUGUAGGGGAGAGUUCAAUAUGUACUGUAACCCUCUAUAAUUAUGGUUCAUGUUUCUUUACAUCAAAAUUAUACCAUCUUAUUGACGGUAUGGGAGAUGAUUUUAGCGGCGACAGGUUUGAAAUUGAUUCUACUGUGAACAGUUUAAAGCCAUCGCACCAUUGUGAAGUAAAAAUGACAGCAACACCAGAUGGAGCGGGGCCUCGGCAAAUUGAUAUAAAGUAUACAGUACUCUUUAGAACUGAAAAUAACGAAAUAGAAGAAAUACAACCUAUAAAGAAAACUAUAUGCAUUGUUUGGUAUGAUGGCAUUUAUCCAACAAUAAAGGUGAAACGCACUAUAUCUGUAAAAUGCCCUGUUAUCCUUAGCAAUCAUUGCGUUUGGAAUAUUGUUAACAUCGAUAAGCUUAAUAAAGCUCUGGAUGAAUGCCGUCCCAACAAGCCAUUAUCGGUGGACAUAUACGCACCUGAUCUAUGCGUACGCGCAGGUUUCGUGGAGUUGAUAUUUGUUAUUGGUUGUGUUUAUGCUCUGCCCGUACCUUGGAGCCUUCGCAGGGAAAAGAUAUGCGAUUGUGAAAUGGUAGAAGUUCAGAUAGGAAUAUCGACUUAUGAAAUGAGACAUACUUGCACUCAUAGAUCUUUGGUGGAAUUGUCACCGAACAAUGGUAUCGUUUCGCCAGAUAACCCGGGACUAUUGCACUUAAAAUUUAAUUACAUCCAAGAAGGUGCCAACAAAUUGUGUUACAUAAUGACAUUGCCUAACCAAAGGACUAUUUGGAUUUACGUCAAUAUUUUCGCAAAUUUGAACACAAAGGGGAUAUUGACACCUUUGCGUCGUCCUGUAGACAUACCGGACUAUCUAGCCGUGCUAGAUUGCGGCAGAGUUCCGAUAAAUAACUUGGAUCCAGUCAUAAGGAUUGUGUGGUUAUAUAACCCGACUGACGUUUUCACGACAUGGCGACUGCUACGCGGUAACACCGUACUGCCUGAUUCUGUUAUUCGAUGUCUACUUUAUUUCGCUGAGAUACCGCCACUGGGCAAACUGGCGAUACCAUUCGCAUUCAUGCCUACUGAAAUGAUUGACUACGAAGUGAUAUUUUACUCUUCGUUUGGUUACGACACUGUUAAGAUAUUAGUAAAGGGACAAGGUGGACUGCCAAAUAGUAUAGCGACAAGACUAGAUAUACCAAGUUACGUCGAGAGAGUCAUCAGAGCUGCACACAGGAAGGAUGUUAUAUAUUUAUCGAUGGAACACAUAACACUAAACAUGAUGCCAACUCAUUCAUUAUCCAGAGACAUAAUUGCUAUAUGCAACGAUACGGACCAUGUGAUGCGAUUUAUUUGGCUACCGGAGAGAAUAGCAAAUAUUGUGAACAUAGUGAUGACGCCAUGUUGGGGCGUUAUACAACCUAAAUCAACCGAAUGGAUUACUAUGACAGUGUACACACUUCAAGAGCCAGCCACAUUCACCACAACAGUCGCUUGUGAAAUACUGGAUUUGACUGAACGAAGACGUUAUCAACGCAACGAACUGCUAAGAAGAAAUAAAAUUGAGAAAUGUAAUCAAGAAUUUAUUAUAACCGAGGAGGGACUGUUUCAUCCCGGUAUCAACGAUGAUCCACCUUACGUGUUGGAUAUUGAAAAACCUCAACCGUCCUAUCUAGCCAUGACCGUGGCAAUAUCAUCUAAAGGCCAGCGUGAUGGAUAUCCUAGAAUGCUGUUGAAACAAAUGUGGGAACAGACACCGCCGUAUGACUUAUUAUCUUCGGAUAUUACGGAUGACGGUGGCUCAGAGAAAACAUCCAGUGCUAAUAACAUGACAAUGGCAGACAUUAUUAGAAUUAUUGAUGGAAUACUAUGGGACGCUCUACACAGUAAAAUGUUCAAAAACCAAAUUGAAUUUUACGCCAAAGAGGAGGUGCCUACGUAUUCUCAACUGAUUAAAGUCAUCGAGACUGAUACGAAACCUCGGUUAAGUCGACGGGUAACAUCUGGUAUAUGCGAUGCUAUAGUUAACAAAGCGGUGUUCCAUAUUUACGGACUAAACCCGAAGCACGAAGUUUCUAUACUCGAAGCGGAAUAAACAAGACAUCAUUCGUGUUAAUUGUUUAUUUUCUUAAUUAAUAAACAAGAUUAUUUUUACAA